AAUUUCACAAAUUCGAUUAGAUCCGAGAUAGCAUGUGUGUAUGCUAUGCUAGUUGCUGAUCAGUCAAUUACGAUUGUACCUUCAACCUUGCUGUGCACGUAGACAAGCUCACACUAUAGGACUGAAAUACAUGGAAGCAGGAGAAUGAAAUAUGCCUCAUCAGAUGUAGAUGCACAAUAUUGUCAGACGCACUCCUCUAGAGAGACAAAUCUGUACUGAAGUGCCAUGCCUGAAAGGGAUGGAAGCAAAUAUGUGCGACAGAGCAAUCCCUGUCCAGGGCUCAUCAUCGCAUCAUAUAAGGAGCCCUGGACAGCCUCCCUUUGGGAUGGCCUACUGCGCUUUAGUGUGCAGCUGGCCAGUGCUGGAGGCAGUGGAGCCCUGGCAAAGACAGCUGUUGCCCCAUUAGAGCGGAUCAAAAUCCUCUUACAGGUCCAGCCCAUGUCAGCGGUGCCCCAGCAGGACAAGUACAAGGGCCUCAUUGAUGCCUUGAGGCGCAUUCCUCAACGUGAGGGCUUCCUGGCUCUGUAUCGCGGAAAUGGAGCGAAUGUGCUGAGGCUGGUGCCAGAAGUGGGCCUGAAGUUUGCGCUGAACGACCAGUUCAGGACCAUGUUCACGCCGUCCGAUGGGCGGCCCAUUGGAUUUGAGGGUCGCCUGGCGGCCGGAGCUGCAACAGGGGUCCUGAAGACGGCGCUGUUCUAUCCGCUGGACCUCGCGUGGACCCGGCUGGCCGCAGACACAGCCGCCAAGACCGACCGGCGGCUGUACACCGGCCUGCUGCACUGCGUAUCCCAGACCUACCACUACGAGCACUUGAGAGGGCUGUACAAGGGAGCGGUGCUGUCGGGAGCAACGGUGGUCCCGUACUUGGCGGUGUCAUUUGCGGUGUAUGACCAUUUGAAGGCGCAGCUGCCGGACGACCGCGCAUCGCGAGCCACCUGGUGGCACCCGGCCGCCAAGGUCGCCAUGGGCGCGACGGCCGGCGUCGUGGCGCAGGGAGUGGCCUACCCAGCAGACACGGUGCGGCGAAGGAUGCAGCUGAGCGGAUCUCUGGGGCAGAGCGUAGUUUACACCGGCUACUGGGAUUGCGUACGCCGCAUGGCGGCCACAGAGGGGCCCUCUUCCUUCUACAGGGGCAUCGGUGUCAGCAUCCUCAGGACUGCCCCCGCCGCUGCAAUCCAGUUUGUGACCUAUGACCUCAUCAAGAGCGGGAUCAUGUGGUACGAGGCAACGUCAAUGAAGAGGAACAGGAGAUAGCAUUGCAGCACUGUAUACAAUGUUCAGUGGUCACGGUCACAUUGGUGCUCUAGGUGCCAUGAAAUAUUUGUUGUGCUCUCGCAACUCCUGCAAAAGGUAGUUUCUGAAGUUCCUUGUUGUCUUGUUCUUAUGAUCGCAUCAUUUUCUUCUUUCGCGAUUCAGACUAAUAGCUUGAUGAAAAGGCAGUCACGUUCUCUGUUGGGGCCAUUUGCUUCAGCAUCAUCCAUAUAAUCUGCACAUGCUUCCCAUUCUACUCUACGAUAUGGUAC